CGGAUUAUCACGUGCUUGUACUCUCACAUGGAUAUCAUUGUGAGAUCCUCUGUCGUAAUUUACACGCGAUUUCUAAACUAAAAUUAAUUUGUUUUGCCGUAUGCGAUUUUGCGGAUUAGCUUGAAGAUUGAUGUUGUAUGAAUUCAGCGGUAGGCACUAUGUUGUUGCGUGCACUAGUGAAGUGUUUCAAUCCCAAUCAAAAAUCUUCUACAUUACCGAGAGCUACACGUCAUCUUGAUAGGAGUUCUUUGAAGAAAUAAUUUUGGAUGUGAGGCAGUCGUAUUCUUUUGGAAAAGAUGUUUGGAAAUAUCGUGCUGGAAUGUAUGAUCAUCGUGCUUGUAGGCUUCAAGUUUGCCGCUCAAAUCGCGUCGAAUUUUCCUCAGUUGCCACCCAACUCAUCUGUCAAGACCGGCUCUGCGAGAAGCAGCUGUAUAAAAAUGGGUGAUGGUCUCAGUCCUGGUGAUCCGAAUUCAUAUUCAAAUCCAGAUGAAGUUGCGGUGUCAAAUCUUAAUUUGAUCUGGAAGAUAGAUUUUCAGAAAAAAAUUAUCUCUGGUAAAGUGACUUUAACUGCCAACAGAAAAAAGGGUGGUGUGAGGAAUUUGAUUUUAGAUUCAAGUGACCUUAAAAUAUUGGAGGUGAAAGAUGAUGAGUCAGGUAACAAUUUGGAUUUUAAAGUCCAUGCUCCAGAUCCGAAAUUUGGAUCAAAAAUUGAAAUUACAUUACCCAACUUAGAGAGUGAAAGGUACAAUAUUACAAUUGCUUAUGAAACUUCUCCAAAGGCUAGUGCUCUUCAGUGGCUGGAUCCUGAACAAACAGCUGGAAAGAAACAUCCGUACUUAUUUAGUCAGUGUCAGGUGACUGCACCAAGUGAUUUAGUUGUUUUAAUGAGUGCCAUAAGGCAGGGAGAACCUGCUGAUGUACCUGAAGCAUGGAAAGUUCAUCGAUUUCAGCAAAAAGUGCCAAUGCCCACUUACUUAAUUGCUAUUGCUGUAGGGGCUCUUGAAUCUCGUAAGCUUGGGCCACGCUCACAUGUGUGGAGUGAGAAAGAAUAUGUUGAUGAAUCAGCUAAGGAAUUUUCUGAGACUGAACUAAUGUUAUCUACUGCAGAAUCUAUAUGUGGUCCAUAUGUUUGGGGAAUAUAUGAUCUUUUGGUUUUACCUCCUUCUUUUCCAUAUGGAGGAAUGGAGAAUCCAUGCUUGACGUUUGUUACGCCAACAGUAUUAGCAGGUGAUCGAUCAUUGGCUGAUGUUAUUGCUCAUGAAAUUGCACAUAGCUGGACUGGAAACUUGAUUACAAAUAGAAAUUUUGAGCAUUUUUGGUUAAAUGAAGGUUUUACCAUGUUUGUGGAAAGAAAAAUUUUGGGAAGCAUGCAUGGAAAGGAAGCACGGUUAUUUUCUGCUUUUCGAGGCCUCAAGGAUCUGAGUGAUGCGAUAAAAACUUUGGGAGAUAAUAAUCCAUUAACUCAGCUGGUAGUAGAUUUAAAGAAUCUUAGUCCAGAUGAUUCUUUUUCUACCGUACCCUAUGAAAAAGGGCAUACGUUUCUUUACUAUUUAGAAGAGCUAGCAGGAGGACCAGAAAAAUUUGAUCCCUUUCUGAAAGAUUAUUUGGACAAAUAUAAAUACAAAUCUAUUGACACUGAUGAUUUUAAAAAGUAUUUGUAUGAAUAUUUCCCUGAAAAUGAAGCUUUAAAGAAAGUAGAUUGGGAGAAAUGGCUGCGUUCUCCUGGUAUGCCUCCAGUUUUACCUGAUUAUUCUACCUCUCUCGACAAAGCUUGUGCAUCUUUGAAAAACAGAUGGGUUGAAUGGUCUAGAGAUGGAACUAGCAAUUUCAGUAUAAAUGAUUUGAAAUCAUUGAGUGCCCUUCAAAUUCAAGAAUUUUUGACGCAGUUAUUGCUAGAAAAUCCUCUUUCAAUUAGCAAACUUGAAGCAAUGCAGAAAGCAUAUGAUUUUGAUAAUGCUAAAAAUUGUGAGAUCCAUUUCAGGUGGUUGCGCCUCUGCAUUAAGGGGCAAUGGUCAGAAAAAAUUCCAUUGGCACUGAAAUUUGUUACUCAACAAGGUCGAAUGAAGUAUGUACGACCUAUUUACAGGGACUUGUAUGGAUGGGAGGAGGCAAGGUUGAAAGCGGUUGAAAAUUUUAAGGCUCACAGAAAGGAAAUGAUGUUUGUUGCUGCCUAUGUGGUUGCAAAGGAUCUGCAUCUUGAAGAAAAAUGAAUAUGAAGAUUAUUAGAUAAAUAAUUACAUUUAUAAUGGUUUCAGAGGUAACUGUGUUUUGUGGCUUGACAAAGUGUAAUUUAUGCUGCAAUUUUUAUGUAAAAUUUGAUGAAAGUAAAUUGUUUUAUUAUGGAUUUUGGAUAAUUUUUGUGUAUAUCUUUCAGAAAUUAAAACUGAUGAAAAACGAAAAAACUAUUCCUUUAUUGUAAUAGUUUCAUGUGUGUAUAAAAUAUAAACAAUGAAAAUGAAAUGUUGGUUAAUAAUGUUUGAAACAUAUAAUUCUAUAAUAUAUCAUAACUAAAAUAUAUUGGUACAAAAUCUUACUCUAUUUUUACAAGAAUCUAAUUUUAGUUGGUGUGUUUUGUAAGAGAAAGAGAAGUUCCCAUUUUAAAUAAAACUACUGUGAGAAACUGUUCAUGUAAUGUUGAAAUUUGUAGGGAAGGAAUUAAUAAAUAGUAAUUUGUUAUAGC